AUGCACAUACGCAUAAACUCACACACAUAUACGCGCAUAGUUGUAUACAUACACACACACGUAAACAGACGUGCGCAAACGCAUACACGCAGAGACGCAUACGCGCGUACAUGUCUGUACAUGCAUAAACACAUGGAUUCAUACACGCAAACACGCAUACAUACAAUUCAUACACGCGUACAAGCACAGACUUAUACACGCGUGCACACAUACACGCAUACACGCAUGCAUGCAUACACGCAUAAAUGCAUCGAGACACACAUGCAUAGACGCAUGCACGCAUAUGUAAAGGUGUGUAAAAUUUACACGUAUACAAAGUAUCGGAAGCAUGACCGAGAGAAACAAUAA